AUGGAACAGAAAAAAAUUUAUAGAUCAGGAUUUCUCCUUCUUCCGACAAGAGCACGACUUUCUUUUCUUCUGUCGUCAAGAAAAUACCACGGCUUACUGAAUCAAAGUGAAGGGCUCUCCACCUUUUCUUGUCACCAUCUUUCUAUUUGCUUUCUUCUUCAAUUUUCAUUCUUUCUAUUUAGUCUUCUUCUUCUCCUUUUCUUUCUUUCUUUUUUAUUUUUUGUUCUAUGUGACUUAUCUUCUUCCUUCUUCCUUCUUUUUCCUUAUCUGCUAUUUUUCUUGAUCUUCGUUUUAAUUUAUGUCUUCUUCUUUCUGUCCUUUUUCUUCAUUUUUCCUUUCAUAUGCUUUUCUUUUUUUUUUUCUUUUUCUUCUUCUACCGGUUCUCUGCCUUUUUCUUAUUUUUCUACAUUGCAUUUCUUUUUUUCUUCACUUUACAUUCUGUUUUUACUUCUUAUUUCUUUCUCUUUCUUCUUAUUUUGUGUCUUCUUCGUCUUCAUUUUCUCUUUCCCUUUCUUUCUCUUCUUUUUCUUCGGUUUCUUUUUCUCUAUUUCUUUGUAUACAUCUGUUCUUUUUCUCCUCCUCCUUUUACUUUUCCCAUUUCUUCUUUACCUUCUUCUUCCUCCUUUUAUCUUUUAUUCCCUCCUUUUUACCUCUUUUCGCUCUUCGUUUUCUCCCUUUUUUCUUUUGUUUCUCCUUUUUAUCAUAUAUCUUCUUUUCCUUCACCCUAUUUUUCUUCUGUUACUUUCUUCAAUAAAACCCUAA